GCUACAUCACUGAACAUUCUUUAUGAAGAUUAGGAGGCCCUGCUCUUACUACCAGGCCAACACAGCCCUCCACUAUCAGAUAUUUCGCAGAUUCUUCGUAAUGCAGGUUUUUGUGAAGACGCUAAAUGGAAGAACCAUUACACUUGAUCUGAGUGAUUCAGACACGAUAGAAGGUGUGAAAACAAAGAUCCAGUACAAGGAUAGUGUGCCUCUUGAUCAACUGAGGCUGCUGUUUGGGGGACGAGAACUGGAGGAAGGUUCUACAUUGUCGGACUAUAAUAUUCAGAAUGAGUCGACCCUGCACAUGGUGCUGCGCCUGCGAGGCGGCGUGAUCGAGCCAUCGCUGCGGCUGCUGGCGCAGAAGUAUAACUGCGACAAGCUCAUCUGCCGCAAGUGCUACGCGCGCCUCCACCCCAGGGCUACCAACUGCCGCAACAGGAUGUGCGGCCACAACGCCGACCUCCGCCCCAAGAAGAAGCUCAAGGCCUGAACACUCGCUGUGUCAUUUCCG